AGCCAGGCUGCGAGUGAAAGCACUCCUGCCAUCCCAUUGAUGAUGUCGAGCAUUGGGACGACCUUUGCUCCGAUCACCACUGUAGGAUCGAUUGGCAUGAUCCCAAUCAUGUCAACCCCUACUCCUACGCCGACGACGACAAUGUUCCCAGGCUCGGUAACGACGCCUGGUGGAGCAUUCACACCAUACCCAUCAGCUUGGGCUCAGUUUGCUGCUGACCCGGCAAAUGCUCAGGCUCUACAGGGCUAUCAACAGGUGAUGGCCAUGAUGCAACAGGAAGGGGGCUUCAUUCCAUUUGCCUAUCCCGGCAUGACGCCACCAAUUAUGCCACCUCCGGUGUCGACCCCGUCAACAUUUGUCCCUAGGAUGGUCCCUAUACAUCUGGUGAAUCUGACGGGGACCAUAAAUGAAGCAGCACCCUCAAAUGUCCAUGAAAUUGAUGAGGCGGAGCAAGAGGCGGCCCGCAGGAGGAAGGGUAAGGCUAUAGCCAAACCCAGCAAGACCCGAGAUUCGGCUUUCAAACGCGUAGGGGACAAAGAGGAUGGACCCCGCAAGUCUGCCAAGCUACGUCUUGGUCCUGAGAUGGGCCGGACUAGCGCGAUGGAAAGACUUGGCGGGAGUCGUCACGCCCAAUCUCGUAGUUCUAGGGAAUCUGAGACGAUUCGCCAAGACGAGGAGGAAGCAGAAAGCAAGCCCAGGGCGUCGGCAUAUACCAGGCUCUCAUAUGAUGAGGAUGAUCUGGACAAGAUAGGAAGUGUAGCAAGAAAGCUACGUGCCCUGGAAGAAAAGGUGGACGAGAAGGCGGGAGCAAAGAAGCACACCCUGGCCAAAUCACCCUUUUCGGCCAGGGUACAUGCACAAAAAUUGAGGCGUAAGGUCAAGCUGGACGUGGAAAAAUUCACUGGAAAGGAGGAUCCAAACGUCCACCUUGACACCUUCCACAAUGCAGCACAGA